CCAAUAUAGAAACAACGUCUGGCACGGAUCACUCUUUCCUCUGCUCACCACGUUGUUCCCAACAUUAUCCGAGACCGGCAGUACACAUUCAAGAUGCUGUUUUAAACGAGGUAAAUUUGCUUUCAAGUAGUGCUGUGAUUCAUAUCCGACGAACAAUGUCUGAAGCUGAAAAAACUGUGCAACAGAUUCAAGGAACCUAUCUGAAUGAUGAACAGCCACCAACUGAAUCUAGUACAUAUGUGACAGCCCGUUCUCCAGAUACAUGGCGAAGCACUAGUAUCUCCGGUGUGGAAGAUUGGUGCUCUGCACUGUCAGAAGACGGAACUACACUUGACGAUUUUAAAUCACUAGAUGACGACUUAGCAGAAGAAUACAUUUCAGACGACAACUUUGAAGAUCUUCCGGUCACAAAUGAGCCAGAGGUCCAAGCAGUCCCAGCUCAAAGUGAUAAGAAACCAGAGAGUCCCCAAGAAAUGUAUGCUGCUGUAAGUAGUGUCCAUGAACCAAAAAAGUACACGUCCAGCAUCCAACCGCUCCCUGCCAGUGAGCAUGUUGUGAAAGUUUGUGACGAAUCUAAACCAAUAAAAGAUGAUUUAAAGCUUUCGACGGAAAAACAAAAUGCCCCACAGUUGAAAAAAACAGAAAACUGUACACCUGGAGACACAGAAAGAGACCAUUUAAAAGUUGUAUCGCCAAAGACAGCAAAAUUUUAUGAGCCUCCUAAGUAUUCUUCUACAGUCAGUAAAAGCGAAAUGACUGAUGUCAAAACUGAAGUAAAAAAGUCGUAUGAAAUUAAAACUCAUAUAAAAGAGGGUGGAUCUACUCGUGAAAACAUAGUAACUCAUCAGGGUUUAGACAAGCAAUCCAGUCAAGCUGGAACUCAGGACUCUAGAACGGAAAAAAUUCAUAAAAUUGAAGUCCUAGAUGAUUCCAAAGGAGAAAGUCGACAUGAUUCAUCUCUUGAGACUGCACCCGAUAGUGCAUUAUCCAGUACCGAAUCGAAGGCGAAAUUAUUGCAAGAAAUAGAGAGUCUUAAAUCUAAAUACUUUAAACAGCCACCAACGCAAAGCGUAUCAGAAGGUGAGGACUCGAAAACCAGAUCAGAAACAAUAAGUUACGGAUUUUCUGCUAUGCCAGGCACAAGUUCAUAUCAGUCAUACCAGGACCAGAAGACCUCUGAGAUAUCUCGUGUGGUUUAUUCUAAGGAAGUGACUGAAAUGCAUAGUAUGACAAGCAUAUCUUUCCAACAACAAUCUUUUGGGAAAAAUCUGAAUGAAAAGUGGCAGUGCACGGAACCUCAAGUUAAAACUAUGAAAGCAAUUUUACCUUCUGAGGAUAAACCUGAUGAAUUUGAAAAUAAGUUAAAAGAGAGCAAAGAAUGGAUCCAAUUAAAAAUCCAGGAAAUGCAGCCGGCGAUGACGGAUAUAGGGACCAACCUUCAAGAAGCCACAGACCUAUAUCAACAGCACGAGAAGGUCCUUGAAAAACUGCAGACGAAACAGAGUCCUGUGGAAGAAUUACUAAGGCAAGCUGAUGACCUCAUCUCAACGCAAAAGCCGAGAGGAGAGGUGUAUUCUGCAAUGGCUGAAAAUUUAGGUUUAGCCUGGAAAGACCUCAACGCUCAGCUUGAACAAAGGAGGCAAAUACUCGAGCAGGCCGUCGCCUUCUUUUCCAAAGAAGAUCUUUUUGUUGACAGUUUGGAAAUUCUUAAGAAAAGUGUUUCUGAUACAAUUCUUCCAGUGACGGUAGAGUCAGCAAUGGCCAUGUUAUCACGCAUUAAAGAUGAACGGAAAGCUGUGCUGACAAAUUCCAUGCGAAUGUUGAGCGAAGGUCAGCUGCUGUUGGAACGAUUAUGUGAAGUUGGCACUCACAGUAUGGGGGAUUCCAGGCCUUUACACAUGCAACAUGCAGCUCGACAGACUGCCUCUUUCGUAGAGAGACACAUGGAGAGUCUUCAAGACCGCUGGCGGCAUCUGGAGUCUUUGUGGAACCAAAAGAAGAUUCAACUGGAGCAAUGCCUAAGUAAAUGCCAGCUCGAAGUUCAACUCAGCGAGGUUGAAAGUUGGAUUCGAACAAGAGGUUUUGAUUAUGCAAACCAGAGGAAUCUUGGAGAUUCGUUAGCGAAUUCUGAAAUCCUGUUACAUGAACAUCACAAGAUUGAAGGCGAAUGCAAAGAGAAACAAGAACAAUGCCUGAAACUGGUCAAAUCGGCUGAAGAUUUAAGUCGUCGUGGAAAUUAUGCAGCAGAAGAAUUAAGGAGUAGAGCAUAUCUCCUUCUUUCUGACUGCGCUGACCUUACGACAAGCGUAGACCAAAGACGGCAGCUCUUGAUCGACUCUGUCGAUUUCUUCAGAAAGGCUCAAACGGCUCAAACGAAACUCGACCAGCUCGAAAUCCAAAUAUCUACUAGCGAGAUGGCGACUUUAUCAUCUACAGUAGAAGAAAUUGCAAGUCCAGUGAUUGAAUGCGGCCGAAGGAUAUUAAAUACCGUUGGAAGUAAAGAACCGGGAGCUCAAGGUGUCGCUCGAAAGGUUGAGGAGUUGGAAGCUAAGAAGAUAAAACUUUUUGAUUUAUGCAAAGCCAAAGAAUCUGUUGCGUUGGAGAGGACUUCAGCUUUCAGAAAGUUUUGUGAGAAAUGGGAUGAGCUGAUGAAAUGGUUGUCCAACAAUGGCCAAUUCUUUGUCCAGAGGACACGUGAUAUGGGCACAACUCCGACUGCUGCCAAAACAUUUGUUGAUCAUCAUGAGAGUUUGCAGAACGACAUGAGGAUGAAAGGCAUGGAAAUGGAAGCCUUGUUGAAGACAGUUCCAAAUCUAGUUCGCUGCGGAGGCGAGGAAGCGGAAGUAGUGCAUAGCAAGUCUGACACUUUGAAGCAACAGUGGUCGCAGCUCAGAAUCAUGUUAGAAAAAAGAAUUUCAAUCGCUCAAAGAUACUUCGCGUUUUUGAAACUUUCAACGAAGAUUUCUAAAGAAAUGGAUGAACUGGAGAGGUUAGUACGACAAGCCAUUGAUUCUGGGAAACAAUCAAAUUUCCGUGGCAUUGAAGAGAAACAAAUCGCCCUGAAGCAAGAUAUAAUGCAGUUAAACAACAAUGGGAAGAAUUUUCUAGACGAUGCUCGAAAAGUGGAUGAUAUGUAUCUGAAUAUGUCUCAACCGAUUUCUACUGUGGAAGAUAUCUUAAAUCGCUUGGAAAUGAGAAACAUCUCAAUUAGCACUCAAUGGUUAAAUUAUCAAAAUGAACUAAGUGCUAUCAAAGAGACCGAACUACAAUGGGAACACCUUGUGAAAGAUUCUCACAGAGUUAUAAAAUGUGUUAAUGAGCUGGAGCGUAAAAUGUUUCCCGUGAUUCCUCAAGAAUUAAAUAGAGUGGAGUCCAUUUUGUCUUUUCUUGAAAAUCGUAUGUCAGUUCUUUUACCACAGAUCAAGUCUGUCCAAGGGGAAAUCGAUAAUUUCUUGAAGAGAUCCGAGAAUCUUAAUCCUAAAGAUGAUACGCACAAUGAAGGACGCCAAAUGCUACAGCAACUGCAAAAUGUAAAUCAAGGAUUCCAGAAGAAACUGACAGACUAUCAAAUCUUAGUUUCCAUGAUGACAGCAUACUUCCGGAAUUUUGAAGAGCUGGAAAAACUAGUGGACAUGCAGGAGUCACAAUUCAGGGUGAGUUCAUUACCUACUGAACUGAGCAAGGUGGAAGUUUUAGUUCAUGAUCAUCAGAACAGUAAGCCUACAGUUAUGGAGUUGUUCAAAUUCAGCUAUACUGAAGCUCAAGAACUUGUCAAGAAGAUUAAUGAAGCUGAACCGGCAGACGCAGCUGCGAAAGACAGAGAAAAAGUCAUUGGUAUUCAUGACGCAAGAAAAAAAGCUUUCGAAAAGGCGUGGGAAGAACACAGAAACCGACUGGAGCGUCAUCACCAGCUGAGCAUUUUCAAUAGAGAUAUGCACUUGAUAAACCAACAGAUAGAAGAUCUGAAUAACCAGCUAUCAUCCAUAAGAGAAAGCCGAGGAGACAGCCUGCCUGCUACACUGCACACUUCGGAAGCUUUCUUACAAUUCGAAAAGACUAUUGAGUUGCUUCAGAUACGCAUUCAGGAGUUUGUUAGUACUGCUGAGAGGUUAAUACGUGACCAAAGAGUCGAUUCUACACUCGUUCGGCAAGAGAUAACGACGAUGCAGAAAAAGUGGUCGACCUUCAGGACGGAAGUAACUAACAACAGGCGACUUAUUGAUGUUGCCAUAGAAUAUUUCAAAACCAUCGAAGAGGCGGAAGAGUGGUUAAAAGAAGGUAGUCGUUUGCUAAUUUCGGUUGCCCGGAAAUCAUCCUCCUGCUCGAAAGAAAGUGAUGUCGAAAACCUAAGGAAAGAAGUUCAAGAUUUCUUAAACAAAGGCAAAAGCAAGCAAGAGGAGAGGAUGAGAAAAAUAUCGUCUCUAUCGAUUGAAUUAUAUGGUGAUCGACCUCGUGAGUCCACUUUUAUGGUGACAAACAAGAAUAAAGACAUGAUAGAUUCAUUUGGUGUUAUCACGACAGAACUUAACACUCUAUCCAGUAAUAUUAAAAUAGCUGAACAAACGAAGAUUGUUAAAGAGAAAGGAAAGGAGGAAAUGAAUGCUGUUCUUCACGCUGCUCAAGCUGAAGCAGAAGCUGCAAAAGCAGCGGCAGCAGCAGCCCAAGAAGCUGCUCAGCUGGCUGCAGCUGCCGCCAAAGCUAUCCCUCCUAAACCUCAGCAGAAGCCACCUCGCUUUAUCAAAGAAUUACGUGAUUCUGAAGUGGCCGAAGGAGUUAAAUUCACGUUCGAAUGUGAAGUUGAUGGAGAGCCUAUGCCUCGGGUGCAAUGGUUCAAGGAUGGUAUCUUAGUGGAGAAUAAUCCUGAUUAUCAAACUUCAAUGGAGAGAGGAAUAUGUAAACUAACUAUUGAAGAAACGUUUUCCGAAGACACAGCGAAAUUUGUAUGUAAAGCCACGAAUCCUCUUGGCGUUGCGGAAACCCAGAGUUACUUAUCCGUAAAAGAAUCUCGUCCUCAGAAUGAACUUAUUCCACCUCACUUUGUCCAAGAACCUCUUGAUACCGUUGUGUCUGAAAGAGAACCCCUAGUCAUGGAGUGUCAAGUAUUUGGCAAUCCUUUGCCUCUCGUGUCCUGGUUUAAGGAUGAUGUGUGCAUCGACUAUUCUACAGAUUAUUCCAUUACGUACAAUAAUGGAUUUUGCACUCUGAAGAUUGAAGAAACAAGUCCUGAUCACCAAGGAAGAUACACAUGCCGUGCUGUGAAUCAAGUUGGGCAAGUGGCUUGUAGCGCUAAUUUGAAAGUCACAACUUCUGCGCCCUCCGAACGCCCUUGCUUUAUCGUCCCGCUUUCAAAUGUUAUGGCACGUGCAGGGCAGAAACUUCGACUGGAAUGUACAAUUUCUGGAGAGCCACAGCCCCAAAUCACAUGGCUCCAUAAUUCUAAAUCCAUAAAAGAGACGAGAGACACAAAGUUCCACUUUGAUGGUCGCAAUGCUACUCUUGUUAUCACAGAAGCCUUUCCAAAAGAUGCUGGUACUUACACGAUCAUAGCACGAAAUAAAGCUGGUGAAGCUGUAUCUUCCUGUAAUGUGUCUGUCAAAGGAAGAUUGCCAUUGGAGACGUCUGACUCUGAAAUUGCAUCUGAUAUUGAACCAGCUAAGCCGCAGGUGAAACAACAAUUGGAAAACCAAACUGUUUUUGAAGGGAAUAAAGUGCGCAUGGAUUGCGUGAUUGUUGGCCAACCGGAGCCGGAAGUUAUAUGGUACCACAAUGGAAAACCUGUCAAAGAAUCUGAUGAUUUCCAACUGCUGUUCGAAGGAGAUCGUUGCACUCUUAUCAUCAAGAUGGCUUAUUUAGAAGAUUCUGGCACUUAUAAAUGUGUCGCGAUUAAUUCAGGUGGAGAAGCUUCCAGUGUUUGUCAACUAAAAGUAGAACCUGUUGUAGAAACUGUACAGAAGAGUCACGUGAGUCAAAAGGAUAUUCUCCUAAGUAUCGAGAAAAUGGAUCCACCCAAAUUCGUGAAAUUACUGGAAGGCUUGGCUGUGACGGAAGGUCAGCCUGUUGUUCUGGAAUGCCAGUUGCUGGGAGGUCCAGAAACCACUUUGUCUUGGUACAAAGAUGGACUUCAAAUAAUGAAUUCACCCGCGUACCAGAUUCAGACUGAAAGCUGUGGACUUUCCAAACUAACCAUUCCUAUGGCGAAGAUCAGUGAUCGUGGCACUUAUUCUGUGAAAGCGCAGAACAAAGCUGGAGAAGCUCAAAGUAUCUGUACAUUAUCAGUGUCUCCUGAAACAGUUCCUAUGAAAUUUAGACAAAUAUCUCAAGAAACCCCUCCAGUCUUCAUGCAGCAUAUAGAAAACCAAGUACUUCAACCUGGUGCUACUGCACGAUUUGAAACAAUUGUUGAAGGUAGCCCCAAACCUACGGUUCGGUGGAAUUUCCAAGGAAAAGGUGUUCCAAAGGAUGAACAUUAUAAUGUGGGUACUGAUGGGGAAAAGAAGUACUGGCUGGUUAUUCGCGAUGUAUCAAAAAAUCACACUGGGAGGUACUCAGCAAUUGCUGAAAACAACGCCGGCAUCGCUACAACUUCCGCAUAUUUGUCUGUUGAAGAAGCCUCGCUGCCAGAAAUUGAUUCGGCGUAUGAAGAAAACAUAGCUCAAUCUAUGGUUAUGACUCGAAAAACAGUUGUGGAGAAGAGUACGAUAAGUAGCACCAUAGACCAUGUGGAUGAGAUGGAUUUCCAACCUCCAACAUUCCCAGUCUUUUCAUCUCUUCAAAGCCAACAGCUGGUAAAAAUGGAACAGACACCCAUCAUAGAACAACCCCCAAGCAAACCUCCCAAAUUCACUAAACCUGUAUCGACGGCUAUUGUCACAGAAGGCGAGAAACUUUUGUUAGAGGCGCAGUACGAAGGUGUCCCCGAACCUACUAUUCAAUGGUUCAAAGACGAAGUGGAAGUUAAAAAUCGACCGGGUCUUCAAAUAUCAAGCGGAAGCAACAGAACAUCUGUAUUUAUCUUGAAGAGUUUUGAAUCAGAUGGUGGGAAAUAUUCCUGCGUGGCGGCUAAUGCAGCAGGCAAAGCCACCAGUAUUGCCGAAGUCAGAGUUAAACCCUACCGUGAGGCUCCUAAAUUCAAAAGAAAAUUGCAAGCGGCUGUUGUUAAAUCAGGUAGUAGAGUCACAUUAGAAGCAGAAGUGACUGGAGUUCCAACGCCAGAAAUUAAAUGGUACCGAAAUGGAAACCCAAUCGAAAAUUCUCCAGACUUUAGGAUAUCUUCCAGUGGCAACGUUCACACACUGCUCAUCAGCGAGGUAUUUCCAGACGAUUCUGGAAGCUAUAUGAUCGUGGCCAGUAACGUGGCUGGAGAAGCCAGAAGUCUGGCCGAUCUGGUUGUGGAGGAAGACAAAAGCCCUGUGGAGGAGUCCUAUAUCAGCAUGCAUCAAAAGAGAGAAAUGUUCACUAAGAUUUCUAUCAAUCAAACAGAAGCGGUGCAACCGUUUCCGACUCAUCCUAGUGUUUCAAAACCGUUGGCUGAGGUCAAGUUGCCAUCUACUGACGUUAAGCUGCCACCUUCUCCUCCUCCGAUGCCAGCGGUAACGUCUAAAGUGUGGACUCAAGACAAACCAGAACCUUUUCCUGCACCAGCUAUAACUGAAGCACCAGAACCAGAACCUAUUCCAUCACCUGAACCCAUUGAAGAAGAAAAGGAAGUACCACUGACGAUUACUGAGUCAAAUUUUGUGCCUCCGCCUGACAUUCUGAAGCCAACUCUCUCAGAAAGCUUCGUGAAACAGUCCAUCGAAAAGUUCUCUAAGCAGGAUGUGAAGAAACAGACUGAAACUGAUCAAAAUAAAUUAGCACCUAAAACUCAGACGCAACAGCCAAUUGUUCAGAAUGGUAUAGAUGUAAAUUUCGGGCCAACAAGUUCCUUUUCUAAACAAAGUACAUUCAUUUCUGAAUCGAGGUCUGUAUCGUCAACAGGGUUCGUUUCAACACCCAUAGCUUCUCACUUUACUCCAACAAAGAAAUUUACUCCUAAACCUAUUGCUGCACCUCAGACUGCACAAGAAAAACCACAAAAAAGUUUAGUACCGAUAUGGAGCCCUCAAAAAGAAGAAAAGCCAAAAGUUCCGUGGCGGAAAGUUGAACCACCGUCGACAGUUGUUGAUACAUUGAAGACACCCAUAAAACCUUUGCAGAGUGUUUCAGAAUUUAGCAUGUUGCGGAAAGCUGAAGUAACAACAGGAACUGAACCAUUUCAUAGUACUACAGAAACUAAAUUUAUGUCAACUGGAACUACAGCAUCUGAAAGUAAAUUUUCCUCCACUGAUGCUAAAAGUACUUCAAUAUCGACAACAUCUUGUCAAACCUCUUCAACGCCAACUUCGUUCUAUACGACGGAAUCAUCCACCACUACGCGGACGUCUUAUUCCACCGAAGAAAUUUCGAUCACCAAGAAAUACGAAGUUGUUUUGGAGCACAAGUCCGAGACAAUUUCAUCCUUAGACGAAAGUUCUAAAUCCCUACCCAAACCUAUUAUUAAAAAAGAAAGUGGAAGCGAACCUAGGCCUAAAAAAGAAGUCGUCAUUGAAGAAGAGCCCGUCGUUGGGGCCGAAGUUAAGCCACCACAUUUUUCUAAGGUGAGGGGUGCAGAAUCCUUAAGGAAGAUAUAUGCCGAUAAUUAGAUUUAGCAAUCAACUAGACCAGUGGUCGCCAACCUAAGACAAGUUCACAAGUGUUGUUUAUGAUUUUUUGCUUGUUUGCUGGUUAGGUUUUUAAGUGAGUUUGUUUCCCCCCGUUAUAAUUUUCUCAAUAAAAACUCUGUGUAGCUUUUCCUAUU